CUGAGGCUGGUCCCGCCCCCCCUCCCGGCGGCGCAGGCCCCAGCUGGAGUUGGGUGGAGGUGCGGGGUGGCUGGCGCGGGUGGACGCGUGUCACCCGUGGGUGCUGGUGCUGGCCGUGGUCCCCCUGCCCUCAUGCCGUUAGGCCUUGGGCGCCGGAAGAAGCCCCCCCCGCUGGUGGAGAAUGAGGAGGCAGAGGUGGGGCGUGCGGGGCCAGGUGGGGGAGAUGGGGCAGGGGGUCCAGGAGGGCUGGGAGCCCUGCAUCCUGGCCUGCCUCCCCCGCCUGCUGGCCUGCGACCCCGCCUGGUCUUCCACACACAACUGGCACACGGCAGCCCCACAGGCCGCAUUGAGGGCUUCACCAAUGUGCGCGAGCUCUACGGCAAGAUCGCUGAGGCCUUCCACAUCCCCCCCACUGAGGUGAUGUUCUGCACCCUCAACACACACAAGGUGGACAUGGAGAAGCUGUUGGGGGGGCAGAUUGGCCUGGAGGAUUUCAUCUUUGCCCACACACGGGGGCAGCGCAAAGAAGUCGAGGUGCUCAAGGCUGAGGAUGCUCUGGGGCUCACCAUCACUGACAAUGGGGCCGGCUAUGCCUUCAUCAAGCGCAUCAAGGAGGGCAGCGUGAUUGACCGCAUCCCCCUCAUCGGUGUGGGUGACAUGAUUGAAGCCAUUGAUGGGCGCAGCCUGCUUGGUGCCCGCCACUAUGAGGUGGCCAAGAUGCUCAAGGAGCUGCCCACGGGCCGGCGCUUCACUCUGCACCUUACUGAGCCCCUCAAGGCCUUUGAUAUGAUUGGGCAGCGGUCAUCGGGUGCCCGGCACGGGAGCAGUGCUCAGCUGGGCACGGGCAGGGGCACCCUCCGUUUGCGCGCCAAGGGGCCAGCCACCGUGGAGGAGCAGCCAUCAGCAUUUGAGGAGCGGGCCAUCGAGAAGGUAGACGACCUGCUGGAGAGCUACAUGGGCAUCCGUGACACAGAGCUGGCAGCCACGAUGGUGGAGCUGGGCCGGGAUGCACGGAACCCGGACGAGCUGGCCCAGGCACUGGAUGCGCAGCUCGGUGACUUCGCCUUCCCUGACGAGUUUGUCUUCGAUGUGUGGGGGGCCAUCGGUGAUGCCAAGGCUGGGCGUGGCUAGGAGGGGGUGGGGGGGCAGGAGGCACUGGCAGCCAGGAGCAGGCUGGGACCAGUCCCCAAAGCAGGGCAUCUUCCAGUACCCCCCCACCUCCACUGGGCAGGCUGGAACCCCCCGCCCUACACAAGGUCCCCCAGACCCCUUGAUGUGGGUUUGAGGCACCCCACAUAGUGCCACACACUUGCACCCACUAGGCCCCUAUGGGCAAGAUGUGACCCCACACCUGCCCAAGUCUGGGGCAGCCAUAACAUCCCUCCCUGCUCCCCCCACCCCCAAAAGCCAGACCCCCUCCACCAUUGCCAUCCUGGUUUAACAGGAGUGGCCAUGGAGGCUCUGCACCCACUCCUACCCCGUAGCCUGGCUUGGCCAGGGCCCUGUGGCCUAGUAGGCCUGUGCUGUCACCACAGUAAAAAGGCCUGUGAUGCAGCUCUGGGGGUGAGGGUGUCAGUUGUGGCUAGUACUUCCCUCCCAGGCUCAGGGCCCCUCAGUACAAGCCCUCUGCAGGCUGGCUGUCCCUGGCUGCCCUCUGUUGGGGUGGGGUGCAGCCCAGGCCUGGGGUUGUUGACUUUGGGGGAGCCCAGCUGAGACCUCCAGGGCCCAGCCUGGGCCAAAAUGGGUCCCCCAUGGCGGGGAUCCUUGGCCUGGCUGGGGGGGUGUCACCCAACUCCCCUUCCCUUGCUGCAGGGCUCCCAGUACCAUGAGGGCCAUGGUGCCCUUCCCUGCCCUGCCAACACCCAGCUCAGCCCUGCCCUUCCCUGGGAGCCUGCCCCAACCCCCCAGGGGCUCUCCAAUGGUAAAAUGGAGCCUGGACUCCUGGGUUCCAUCCUGGGCCCCCCUUCCCCCAUGGCCCCCACUGACCUACCUCACGGGGCGGGCGGAGGCCAUGGGCCCCCUCCCGGUGUGGCACAUGGUCCCCCGAGGCCCACUCACCUGCUGUAUCGAAGACAGUAACCUGGGGCUAUCAUGGGGGCAGCACUGACUCUGCCCUGCCCUUCCCAGUACCAGUGCUUAGGGCAGGGGGCCAGCCCCCCCUCCCCUAGAGGAGAGCUGGGUUGUGGGGUGGGACGGCAGGUUCCAGGGUGUAUUUUUGUAUUUUACAUGUAAAGCAACUUUAACGUAAAAAUAUAUUGAUUCUAACAAG